AAGAGCAGCCUCAAAUUAAAGACUACCUGGCACUCUCCUACUUUACUCACCUCACUCUAUAAAUACUAUACACCUAACAUAACAUUCUAUCACUACUCAUUCACUCACUAACUCAUUCUCCAAAUAACAAUUUAAGGUAGCCAAAACCAAAUUAAUUAGUAAUUAACAAACUCAACCAUGGGGAUCCUUUCCUAUUUGUGCUACUCUCUCUUUUAUCUUUCUAUAUUUUUCAUCAUUAGGCUUUUGUUCCAAUCAAGAAAAUUCAAAAACCUUCCACCAGGUCCAACUUCUCUUCCUAUAAUUGGUAACCUUCACCAUCUCAAACGUCCCCUAAACCGUACCUUUAAGGCACUCACUGAAAAGUAUGGUAACGUGAUUUCCCUUUGGUUUGGUUCACGUCUUGUUGUCGUUGUUUCUUCACUUUCCGAAUUUCAAGAAUGUUUUACAAAAAACGACGUUGUCCUAGCAAAUAGACCACGGUUUUUAUCCGGAAAAUAUAUUUUCUACAAUUACACCACUUUAGGAUCUACCUCCUACGGUGAACACUGGCGUAACCUUCGUCGUAUCACUUCCCUUGAUGUUCUUUCAAACCACCGUAUCAACAACUUUGCUCCUAUCCGAAGAGACGAGACUCAGAGGUUGAUCAAGAAGUUGGCUGAAGAUUCAUCCACUAAAUUUGCUGAAGUAGAACUUACUUUCAGGUUUUUCGAUAUGACCUUCAACAACAUCAUGAGAAUGAUCUCUGGAAAGAGAUACUAUGGUGAUGAUUGCGACAUAUCUGAGGUUCAAGAAGCAAGUCAAUUUAGGGAUAUGGUAUCUGAACUGUUGCAGUUAUCAGGAGCAAACAAUAAGACUGAUUUCAUGCCCUUGUUAAAGUUUCUUGACUUUGAAAACUUGGAGAAGAGAGUCAAGCGUAUUGGUGAAAAGAAUGAUGUAUUUUUGAGUGGACUCCUUCAAGAGCAACGUAGCAAGAAAGAACGUACAAAUACCAUGAUAGAUCAUCUUCUAAACAUGCAAGAAUCACAGCCAGAGUACUACACCGAUACAAUCAUCAAAGGCCUUUGUUUGGCAAUGCUCCUUGCUGGAACGGACUCAUCUGCCGUAACAUUAGAGUGGACCAUGUCAAAUAUUUUGAACUAUCCAGAGGUAUUGAAAAAGGUAAGAGAUGAAGUGGAUACUCAUGUAGGACAAGAUCGUUUGGUUGAUGAAUCAGACCUUCCGAAACUAACUUACCUAAGAAAUGUUAUCUACGAGACCCUUCGAUUGUAUACUCCUGCUCCAUUGUUAUUACCACACUCAACUGCAGAUGAGUGCAUUAUGGGAGGAUACAAAGUUCCGCGCGACACCAUAGUAUUGAUCAAUGCUUGGGCCAUUCAUAGAGACCCUGAAACAUGGAGUGAAGCCACAACUUUCAAGCCGGAGAGGUUCGACAAAAAAGGAGAGUUGGAGAAGAUGAUUGCAUUUGGAAUGGGAAGAAGGGCAUGUCCAGGAGAAGGUUUAGCUCUUCGAGCAAUUAGCAUGACAUUGGCAUUAUUGGUUCAAUGCUUUGAUUGGAAACGUAUAAACGAUGAAAAAAUUGAUAUGUCAGAACGAGAUGGGUUCACUAUGACAAAGUUACUACCAUUGAAGGCCAUGUGUAAAACUCGUCCGGUCGUCAACAAGGUUUUCAAGUAAUUCAUCUAAGGAAAGUCAAUCAAAAAUGUUAUAUGUACUAUGUUCGCAUAUAAAUCAUAUCAUAUCAUUUGUAAUUUGUUGUCAAAUCUGCGUGCUCAAAUAAUUGUAAUAUGUGUAGUGAUCGGUAUGCACAUGGAUUUUCUCAAAUAAAAGUUUUUAUUUGUAAUUCUUAAUAUCUAUUGUAGCCACUCAAAUAAUUAAGUGCGUGGAACGUGAUAAGAAACCACUUAAAUAGGGUAGCUACAAAAUAAAGAAUUAGUACUAUCAGAGUGAGUGGGUACAAAAUAAACAGUUACUGUAGACUGUAGUACUAAAAAACUUUGAUGUAUGCUUACGUACAGGUUUGUCGUUGUCUUUA